CCCACAAAAUCAACUCACAAUUCGUAUAAAGACAACCACUACAUUGAUUUUUUUAUAUAAAUAAGAUUGGAUUAACUCUUUAAACUAUUCUCAUUCCAACAGAAGCUUCUCUGUUUCUUUGAAAAUUUCAUAUUUGACUUUGUCAAAUGUCACUUUUUUCUUGCUUUCAUCACAUUAAUGAAAAUUAAAAAAAAAAAAAACGAAAACAAAAAUCAAUUCAUCUUCAUACCUCAGCUUUGAGUAGAUUUUCAUUUGGGUAGUUUCAAGUUUUUCUUAACUUCCUCUCAUAUCUCUCCGUGUUGAAUUUGAAGAUGAAUCCCCUGAAUCCCCAUCUCUUCCCAAUUUCUGUUACUUUCUUCAUGAUCAUAAUUUUAAGCCAAAUCCCUACAUUUUUGUGUGUCGAAAACGAGCAAUAUGCAAAUUGCAGUAAGGUGUUUCAGUGUGCAGGCAUUCCGGACCUCGGUUACCCUUUCUGGGGAGGGAGCAGGCCAGAUUACUGUGGCCACCAGAGCUUCGGCCUAAACUGCACAGGCGAUGCACCACUGAUCACAAUCCAAACAAGACCAUAUCGAGUCCUUACAAUCAAUAAUUCAACACAAAUUCUCAAGGUCGUUAGAGAGGAAUUCUGGGAAAAUAUUUGCCCUACAGAGUUCGUUAAUGCCACUGUAGAUAACACCCCUUUCACCUAUAUAUCCUCCCAGGACCUCAUGCUCUACUACGGUUGCGCGAGACUUCCUACAACCAUUCCUGGCCAGUUUGAUUGUAGUGUUGAUGGCACGACCAACACACUAGGUUUUCCGAGUUUCGUCCCCAACAUGACCCUCGUUGCGUCUUGUCACAUUGGUGUCAGUGUUCGAGUUGAUCAAACAGAAGCCACAACUUUUGCUAGUAAUCCAACUUCAGUUACUGUGACACAAGUUCUUGACAGUGGUGUUGAGUUGCAGUGGGAUGCUAAUAAUAGUAUCUGUGACCAAUGCAUCGGGUCAGGUGGUAAGUGUGGAUCCGACACUAGUUCUAGGUCGUUUGCUUGUUAUUGCUCGGAUAAACCUUAUGCAUUUACCUGCAACACAACUCAAAACGGAACCGGAUCAUCAUCAACCAAUCGUUUUAAUCUGGGGAUCAAAUUAACCAUAGCAUUCUCAAUCAUUGUAGCUGUAACAUGCUUAAUCACAAUAAUCUUCUGCCUUAAAAGAUGGUUCACAUCAUCAGCUAAUGCAGUGGAUGAUCAAAAUGUUGAAGCAUUUAUAAGGAAUUACGGAUCUCUUGCUCCAAAGCGAUGCAGGUAUUCAGAUCUUAAAAAAAUAACCAGCUCAUUCAAAUAUAAACUAGGUCAGGGAGGGUAUGGUUCUGUAUACAAAGGAAAGCUAUCUGAUGGCCGUCUUGUGGCAGUCAAGGUCCUCAGCCAGACUGAGGGAAAUGGACAAGAAUUUAUUAAUGAAGUUGCUAGCAUCAGUAGAACUUCCCAUGUCAAUGUAGUUAAUCUUUUGGGUUUCUGUUUUGAGACUAAAAGAAGAGCUCUAAUUUAUGAAUUUAUGGCCAACGGAUCGUUGGACAAGUUCAUUUGCAAUGAUGAAUCUGCGAAUACUAAUUGUCGCUUGGAAUGGAGUACGUUGUACCAGAUUGCAGUAGGCAUUGCAAGAGGGCUAGAGUACUUACAUCGAGGUUGUAGCACGAGGAUUGUACAUUUCGAUAUAAAGCCUCACAAUAUUCUCCUCGAUGAAGACCUCCGGCCUAAAAUAUCAGAUUUUGGUCUAGCUAAACUAUGCCACACAAAAUGGAGCCACUUAUCAAUAGUUGGUGUAAGAGGGACUGCUGGAUAUACUGCUCCUGAAGUGUUUUCUAGAACCUUUGGCCAAGUCUCUCAUAAAUCCGAUGUCUAUAGCUAUGGAAUGAUGGUUCUUGAAAUGACUGGAGCAAGAGAUCAGAAAGUUGUAGUAGUCCAGACAAGUGAAAAAUACUUUCCACAUUGGAUUUAUGAGCAUCUGGAACAUGGUAAGGAUCUAAGCCUUCACGGUGUCGUCACUACCACAGAGGAAGAAGAGACAGUGAGGAAGAUGAUCUUGGUGGGCUUGUGGUGCAUUCAGACCAAUCCAUCAGACCGGCCACCAAUGAGUAAGGUGGUGGAGAUGUUGGAAGGAAGCCUUCAGUCCUUGCAAAUUCCUCCAAAGCCUUACUUGUUUCCUCCUACAAGGGCUAACCCAUCAACCCAAGACACUUCCAACUCAUUAUGGACAAUGAAUAUGGUGGAAGAAACGCCGGAAGAUGGCCUACAAUAUGAGGAAGAAUAAUACUUGGUAGCUCGAAAUUCAUUGGCCCGAAUUGACUCGAAACCCAAAACAACAUCGUUUUGGGUUUCCUUUUCUUUCUUUUCUUUCUUCUUUUUCUUGCUUUCAAAUACAGAGAGACAGAAAGGAGAGAGAAAAGGAGAAAAAAGGAAGAGA